AGCUGGUGCAUUGAAGCUUUGCAAUGAUUGGCUAAAAUAAAAAACAAGUCAGCUGAUUCAAUUUUUGCAGAACAGAGAAGACUGCCAUCAGAAGCAAGAAAACCAUGAGGUUCCGGUUUUGUGGCGACUUGGACUGUCCGGAUUGGGUCUUGGCAGAAAUCAGCACCUUGGCCAAAAUUUCCUCAGUGAAACUGAAGCUGAUCUGUGUCCAAGUGCUGAAGGAUCUACUUGGGGAUGGGAUCGAUUACGAGAAGAUCUUAAAGCUGACAUCGGAUGCCAAAUUUGAGUCCGGGGAUGUCAAGGCUACCAUCGCGGUGCUCAGCUUCCUUCUCUCCAGCGCUGCCAAGCACAACGUUGACUCCGAAUCUCUAUCCAGCGAAUUGCAACAAUUGGGUUUGCCCAAAGAGCAUGCCACCGGAUUGUGCCGGUCCUACGAAGAAAAACAGUCUUCCCUUCAAGACAGUCUUAGGAGAGGCAGCCUGAGAUUGAACAGCCUGGAUUCGGUGUCUUGGAGGGUGGAUUAUACUUUCAGCUCCAGCGAACUCCAUCAAGUCAACGAACCUGUUGUUCACCUCCAAUUAAAUGUGAAAAACGUCGACAGGGGCGUCCUAGAACCAGUCGCGAUGUCGCUGUCGGCAGAGAAGUUCCGGGUCUUGCUUGCAGAGUUAAAGCAAGCCCAAACCAUCAUGAAAACCCUGGACUGAAAAACCAUCAGGAAGGAAUAAAAUUGUGUUUGGAAUAUAUUUUUAUUUCGUCUCCGAUUCGUGACCCAUCCCUGCAUUUUCUUCUUCUUCUGUAUCACCGUCGGUUUCUGUUCCAUUUCAAUUAAAACUCUCCUUGUCUCUG